AUGGAUCACCAACCUCAAUCCCAGGGAUUGACUCGUCUUUCCCCUGAUCUGAACGCCGGGCCCAAGCUCAAUUCUUACCUGCAACCGCAGCAAGUCCCGUCACAGUCGCAAUCGCAGCGACAGCCGUCUAGCUCGCCCUACCAGACGUCGCAGAAGGGGAGGCGACCUCUCUCCUACCAACCCCAGCCCACCUACCUCGAAGCCGGCCGACGCUCGAAUAACGCAUCGCCUCAGAGACGCCAGAGUCCUCUUCCUGGGCGCUUCAACGAGGAGUGGGACGCCAGCCAGCGCGGGAGCUCCAUCAUCGACGGCCGUCGUGGUCAAAGCCCCCCAGUCAUGUCUUCCACUGCGGCCGCCGGCCCAUCGGCCAUCCAGCGCUCCAACUCGGUCAACAGCUAUGCGGCUGGCGAUGAUCGAGCCUUGCCUCAGAGAGGCAAUACGCUGAAGAAGAAGGCUUCGCUGCGGCGCAGUGGCACCGGCAGCAUUGUGCGAUCCAGCAGCCGUCGCAGCGCACGAGCUGGCAGUGUCAGGAGCCUUGCCCUCCAGACUGCGACGGAUCCCGACGAGCUGCACAGCGCCUUCUUCUGCCCUGUUCCCACAAACGGAAAUCCCACCGAUGUGCUCGCCGCUAGAUUCCAGACCUGGAGAAAAAUGCUGAAAGACCUCAUCGCGUAUUAUCGUGAAGUACAGUCUCACUAUGAGCAAAAGUCCAAGUCGCUCGCCAAGCUCUCAAGCGUGGCCAACAACAUUUCGAACCCGACUUCGUUCCUCCAAACCGCCGGCAUCGAUGACGCCCUUCAGAUUAUCCGCAACUAUAACAAGCAGGCCCUUCAAGAGGCCACAAAGGCCAAGGAAAUCGAGGAGGAUGUCAUCCUAGCGCUUACUGGAUUGAGGAGCGACCUGCAGCAGAAAAUCAAGGAGAUUAAACACCUGGCCGGUGACUUCAAGAACUCUGUUGAUAAAGAAAUGGACGGCACCGGCAAGGCUGUCAAGGUCCUCUCCGAAGCGCUGGGAAAGAACGAGAUGGACACCUCCGCGACGACGGGCAAGCAGGAUCCAUACCUCCUCAGGCUGGCAGUCGAUCGCCAGAUUGAGCGCCAGAUCGACGAGGAAAACUACUUGCAUCAAGCCUAUCUCAACCUCGAAGGCUCAGGACGCGAGCUCGAAUCCAUCAUUGUAGGCGAAAUUCAAAAGGCCUACAAUGCUUACGCUGGUAUCCUCAAGCGCGAGGCCGACAAUGCUCACAGUGUGGUCGGAGAACUCCGCGAUGGACCAAUUGCGAUGCCCAAGGAUCAGGAGUGGGAGCAUUUUGUGGCCAACGAUAACCGAGUAGUCAACCCUAGCAUGCCAUUGCGCUCGGCCGAGCAGAUUCAUUACCCAGGCCAAGACCAUCUCUCGGCGCAAGAAAUCCGCGCCGGAUUACUGGAGCGCAAGAGCAAGUACUUGAAGAGUUAUACAGCAGGAUGGUAUGUACUUUCGACAACGCAUCUUCACGAAUUCAAGUCGGCAGACAAAGCACAAGCACCCAUAAUGUCCCUCUAUCUUCCGGAGCAAAAACUAGGAUCCCGCUCCAGCGGUGAAGGCCCUUCCAACAAGUUUCUUCUCAAGGGACGACAGACUGGCGCCAUGCACCGAGGCCAUACCUGGGUGUUCCGAGCCGAAAGCCAUGAUACGAUGAUGGCUUGGUACGAGGACAUCAGGGCUUUGACGGAAACAUCCCCAGAGGAGCGAACGGCAUUUGUGCGAUCUCACUCAAGGCGAAGCACGAGCCGAUCAUCGCACAGGUCAGCUAGCAGCGACGGACUCGAUGAGGAAGAAGACGAAGAGCCAUUUACCGCGACCGAGCAAGACGUCACGCCAGGACCUCGAACAGACAUAGCCGCGCGGCGACCCCAACCAGGUGGGCGGUUUCCAUCCGAUAUACAAGUCAAUGCACAACGAGGCUUACAGGUGCCUCAAUCCCCGUCUAGCGUAGGAUCCAGCCAGGAGCCACAAGCCGGGGUGAUUGCUGCAGCAACUGCGAUACCAGGAUCAGGCACGGAUGCCUAUGCUCCGGAUAAGUUGACACGGCACGACGAAGGCCACCCAGAGUACGGACAAAGAGGCGAGACCCCAAUAUCAAACGUGCAUGCACAAGCAGUUGCUGCCGACCACGAGGCCCAGGUCGACGGCGUCAACCCCUACACAAGCGAGCCAGUGGAUCAGAGCCAAAGCCAUCACCGAAACGUCUUUGUGACGCCACUCAUCAUCCCCGGCACUCGUCAGCCGGUCAACGGCAUUGGUGGCAACAGAGCUCUUAGCCCAGAACAGCAACACAAUGCAGUUGCUGUCAACGGAGUCGAGACGAACGAUAUCAACGGCGGACACUACAAAAAUGUCGGAGGCGCAGGAGCUCUGUCCCCGGAUGCAAUUCCCAGGUCUGAGGUCCAGCCUGAUGAAUCAGGACUGCAAGUUCUUCCCGGCCAGGGAGACUCUGCACAGCCAGUGGGUGGUCUCAACCCGGUUCGUGGCAUCAACGAUGAGAGAGCGGCUAGUUCGGUGACGGUGUCGGACCUACCGAUGCCAGGCAGCUUUCCUUAA